CCAUUGUGUCUCUUGCUCCCAGGAGAGGGCUCUUGAGGACAAGACAAGGCGAACUUAUAUCAUGGGAUUAUUACACACGAGUUCAGACUUGAAGAUGAGGGACCACACCUCACUAUGGCUUGCGACUUUGUAGUAUUGGCCAGGAUUUUGCAUGAUCAUCUCCCAUGAUGCUCAGAUGCUCAGUCUCAGGCCAUGGUGUUUGGAAGAAAUCAGUGAUUUUUCAGCAUGUUGGAAGCUCCAUGGAAUAGGAGCCCUCUGACGUCCAGUUCUGCCUUUUCAGAGGCUGUCCCUGAGCAGAGAGCCAGAACAAUGAGAGGCCAGAAGAAGAAGAGAUUGAUGGAUGUCAAGGCAGGGGCCCAGGAGAGAAGCGCUCUGGCCUCCAAUUCGGCCACCACAGAAGCUCUCUCUGAGCUGAAGUCCUGGAAGAAGAGGGGGCAGAGGAAGAACAUAUGGACCGUCAAUCAUGUUGAGGGAACAAAACUCAAGAUGAACAAGAGGAGAAGAUCCAGUUACCGCCCUGAAGACCAAGAAGCAUUCUUCCGACUUCUGGGUGUGUGCUGUGGGCUGAUGGAAGGAGCAUUCAGGGCCCAGCGAGGCUGAGAAUUGUGUGGGAGGCAGCAACUCUGGGAUCAUGCUCAAACCUCCCCCGGUGCCAAGCUCCAAGGUGUCCAGGCGGUGUGGACAAGAGCGACCCUGCUUCUUCUGGGAAGUUGGCAGGGUUUUCCUGAGACAAGUUCUUGGAGGGAGAGGAUGGAGGCUCACCCAGGAGACUGCUCAACUGUCAAGACAUGUCUCAACCAACCAAGGGGUGCAUGCUCUGCCUACUGAGAUACAUUCAUGUGUUCCCUCCAAGUGAGAUUGUAGAGAUUAGUGAUGAAAAGGCAGCCUAGAUCUUGCUGUCUUUGCAUUCAAGAUCUGGGGAGACAAAAAAACAACCCCAUACAGAAAUAAGCUGCUCUCAGCAAAGACAAAUGCAAAGAUGGAAAUUUUUUCAAAGAGGAUCCCAUCAUCCAGAGCUUCCUGGAAGCUGACAUUUUCCUCAAAGUGUCUGAUAAAGUAUCUGCAGCCCCAAAAUGAGGAAGGACCAAGGGGUCUGCAGAGUCCCCAACCCCAUGAGGCAAGAACAGAGCCAGAUUUCUGCCCAGGCAGAAGCCCCGGAGAGACCUGCUCUCAGUGCCAGAGAAGGGAAGGACACGCUGCCUGCAGCCUGCCCUGCCCACUGGAAUCUCCUGUUGGCCUUCCCGUCAGCUCCCCUCCACAUGCCAAAGACCCUCAGCAGAGCACCCCCCCCCAGAGUUUCCCACUAUGGCCCUUGGAUGGGGUAGGACCCAUGGCCCCAGCAGGACACUCUCACCCUUGUACUCGCCUCUCACCUGCCUUCUCCUUCACACAGUACCUGCUUUCCGUGGUGUCGGGCUGCCUGGCCACCUGUACAAUAGGAUCCACUUCUUCCUGGCCCUGCAGCUACAUUGCCUCUGACAUGGAGGAGGACAACCCCACGUCCAAACAGAGCAUCUUCCAGUUCCUGCUGGGCAGGGAGCACUGGCCAGACCUAUACAAGGAGUUCCUGAAGUUGAAAGUGGAGUUCUUCCGUGCAAUGGGGCACCGAGCCUGGGUCACCCCGGAGUUGUGUGAGGAGAUCCAGGCCCAGAACCCACAUCACUGGGUCUGGAGUCGGGAGCACCAGUGCGCCCCCUAGGUCCCCAGAGAACAGAGCGGGGGCUGCUGCAGGGUUGGACAGCCCCUACCCUCUAUGUCCUUGCAGUCACCUCCUGGGCUGGAGUGAAGAGGAAGUAGCACAGGAUCCCAGAAUGCCUAUUAGCAUAGUAAAGGCUCUGAGAACUCCUGGGGUAAAGAAAGUAGUUACCUGUUUGUAUCAAAACUCUCCAAAUGAUUUGAUUAUGGAAUCACACUUGCAACACAAGAUCCCAGUUUGCAUAUCAAAAACAAUGUUUUAGGAAAACUCCUGGAAAUACUGAUCUAAGCAAUGAAAACCUCUGCAAGUUUUGAUCUGAGUUGAAAAUUUUUAAACAUAAAUAAAUGGAAGCCACUGAAGUCAUCCUUUCUGGAAAA